UUGCUAGAAAACCGUUUUGAGAUAGUAAAUGAUGAUAACAUAGUAAACCACCUUCACCUUCUCCCUCUCUCUGGACACUUUACCAGCGGGGUUUAUCUAGGGUUUCGUCUCUGUCCGCCAUGGCGAAGCCAACCCGAGCCCGUCGCUCGCCGUCAGGCUCCGCAUCCGGCUCAUCCUCCCGCUCCCGCUCGCGUUCCCGCUCCUUCUCCGGCUCCGACUCGCACUCCAGCUCGCUUUCUCGCUCUCGUUCUCGCUCCAGGUCCUUCACCUCUUCCUCCUCUCCGUCUCGGAGUGGCAGCUCUCGCAGCCGUAGCCCCCCUGCCUCCAAAAAAAGUUCUGAAGUUGCUAAACGAGGUCGUUCUCCAACACCACAAUCUAAACGGCUGUCUCCACCCCCAAGGAAAGUUUCUCCAGUUCAUGCGGUUCAUGAGUCACUUGUUCUUCACAUUGACGCACUAACAAGGAAUGUGCAUGAAGGCCAUUUACGAGAAAUAUUCUGUAACUUUGGUGAAGUUGUCAAUGUGGAGCUGGCAAUGGAUCGUACUGUUAAUCUUCCAAAAGGAUUUGGAUAUGUUGAGUUCAAAAUACGAGCGGAUGCUGAAAAAGCACAAUUAUACAUGGACGGCGCUCAAAUUGAUGGUAAUGUCGUUCGAGCAAAGUUUACAUUACCUCAACGUCAGAAGGUGUCUUCUCCCCCUAAGCCUGUUGCCACUGCUCCAAAGAGAGACGCUGUGAAAACUGAUGGUGUCAGUGCUGACAAAGAUGCACCAAAACGACUGAGGGAAGCUUCUCCUCGCCGGAGAGGUGCUCUCUCACCACGAAGGAGAUCACCUGUAUCUCGAAGAGGUGAAUCUCCAAGACGACCAUUAGAUUCUCCACCGCGUCGUCGUGCUGCCUCACCUGCGCGUCCCUACCGCCGUGGUGGUUCACCUCCAAGGAGGAGGCUUGCAUCUCCAUCCAGAGGUCGUUCUGGAUCACCGCCACCAAGGCGACAUUCCCCUAUUAGAAGGAUACGAGGAAGUCCCAUUCGUAGACGCUCUCCAGGACCCCCGAGGCGCGGUUCACCUACUAGACGGUUUCGUAGCCCUCCCAGAAGGUCUCCAAUUCGUAGGCGGACCCGUUCUCCCAUUCGUAGGCCUGGUCAAUCACGUUCAAGGUCAAUCUCGCCGCGGAGGGGUCGAGCACCAGCUACUAGACGUGGGAGGUCAACGUCAUCUGGAUCACCUAGUCCACGAAAGGUACCCCGAAAAAUCUCUCGUAGUCCAAGAAGGCCUUUGAGGGGAAGAAGCAGUAGCAAGAGCAGCAGCAGCAGUUCACCUCCUCGUAAGCCAUAGGUCUUUAAGGGAAGCAGUAGCAGUUCACCCUCAUAGGCCAUAGGUAACACCUGCAUCUCCCUCCUCUCGCCCUCACCCCCGCUCCUGUCCUCUCUCUUUCCCUUCCCCACCCUCUUUUACUUAGUUGCCAUGAGUAUGAAGCACAAAAUUCUCAAGAGUGACGGACAUACUCGGAGUUGAUAUUACCAUUUGGGUUGCUUAUGAGUAGACAGGAUCAAGUUGUGUUAUUUUGAGCUUUUAAAACUUUUUCCGGUAGCUUUACUUUUUUAAUUCCAUGACUGUAACACAACAAUGUGGGAACGAAGGAUGUUGCUUGAUAUUGCACAUUUGGUCAAUCUAUUGUAAAAACAAGCGUAUGAUAUGGUUUUCUUUUUA